UGUGUACAUACAAUGUAGGUGCAUGACGCAGUGUCGUACGAGUCAUUGCUUUUUGCACAUUACGUUCAGGACAGGUUGGAAAACCCACUCCAGAGUAUCAUCAACAGGAGAACACCCUCAGGAUUUGUAUGUACAUGUAGAUGGAACACGACAUUGAAUUAAUUUCCUCUGUUUAGUGCAUGCUAAUCCAGCGAGGCACUGCUUUAGACGACCUCUAUGAUCCACUAAUGCAGUGGUGUCAAAUACCAUAAAUCGGUUUCUGCAUUGGUGUGUGGAUCAAGUUGCCAUCAGGUGUUUCAAUCAUGGCAUCAGCUCAGUCAGAGGAUGACGGUUUAAUAUGCAGCAUCUGCUUGGAUUAUUUUAGACAGCCCAAAGUGCUUGACUGCCUACAUAGUUUUUGCCUGGAAUGCCUUCGACAGCUCAAACAAAAGGAAGGUCUGACAGGAGAAAGAAUUGUGUGUCCUCUCUGCCGAGGUCACACCACAUUACAUGAAUGGAACGUGGAUGAGCUACCGGAUAAUCAGGCCUUGAGUGCACAGGUGAAAAAGAGGCAGAGCUGGCAAGGUCAAAGGUCGGCAGUCAGCUGCCAGAACUGUGACGAGGGCAAUCAGGCCAUUUCAAAAUGCAUCGACUGCGACAGUUUUCUCUGCCAGGAAUGCCACAAGGCCCAUGGGCGUAUGGCUGUAAUGAGGACUCAUGAAGUCUGCAUGCUGGGCUCAUCUACAGCAGACCAGACCAGACAAGCUGUCAUUCCAACCUGCCAGGAGCAUCAAGGGCAGCAAAUGUCCAACUUCUGCUCUACAUUUAUGCAGCUAGUGUGCACAUCAUGCCACAGUUAUAAGAACCAUCCUACUGUAUGUGUAGAGGCUGUUUUAGAUGAAUACAAGAAACAGGCCACAAAACUGAAUGCACAGGGUGACAAGACGAUGGCAGAGAUUAAAUUAGCAAUGCUGGAGGCAGACGAGCUACAAAAAAAACUGGAUGACAUGUUUGAAAAAACAACUACAAAAAUCACCCAAAAGGCAGAUAGGGAGGUUGCCAAGAUCAGAGCAGAAGAGAAAAAACUAAAGCAAGAGGCACAGAGGAUAUACAAGGACAGAGUCAAGACCUUCGAAGCGGCUCGUACGGCAAAUCAAACAGAAGCAGCCCUGGUAGAGCAAAUGCAAUGUACACUCAGGCACCAAGCCUGUCAUACAAAUCGCUACACCCCUCCCGAUCUUGAGAAAUUCAUCUGCAGCAUUUUUACACUGCAGAAUAAGAAGCCAAAGGGAGUGCCUGACAGAUUGUCCUUCCUGGACUUCACAGAGGGAGGAUUCUUUGGAAGAUUGGUGCUGGAUGACAAACUGCCACAGGAAAUACCAGCCAGUGAAGCUACAAACUCACAGUAUAAGUCACUUGAAAAAGAGAAGUGGCAGCUAUGGAAUGAAGAAAUAAACACAUUUUCCAGAAAAUCAUCAAAUGGGAAAGAAAGAUGUGUCGUACAAAUUGAUCAUGCAGUAUGUAUAGCAGCAUUCUCCAACAACAAACUGGUCACAAUUACCUUUAGCAUAUUUGAAGGUUGGACUCAGUGGCACCUGAUCUCAUUUAAAUCUGCAUUUGGUAAAUACAUGCCGCAAUGGGAAUUCACAUCAGAGUUUGUGGUAAAGGUUGGCAGCUUUAACAGUAAAAUAAAACAUAUUUUAGUUAACAAAGAUGACCAGGCUAUUAUCUUAAUAAAUAACGCUGUAAAAAUACUAAGUAAGGAUUACAAGACACUCCACAUGUUUGAAUCGACAGUAAGAGGCACAGCAACAUGCCUUGCCACAGAUGACGCCAGUCUGAUAGCUGUGGGCUGUGAAGAUACUCAAGAGGUAUCGCUACAUUCCACGAGUGGAUCUCUCUUCAAGAGACUGCGUGCACCCAUGAUCGGGAAUUACUUAACCAUCCACAAGAAACAGCUGAUAUACACCAACUGGGCAAAGAGGAAGUUGCUUGCAAUCAACGACAAUGGUGACAGUAUUUUCUCUACAGACGUCACGAGCCCUGAAGAACGGUGGGGCCCUACCGGUGUGUGCUGCAGCAAGAAUGGCAGCAUUUACGUUGCUGUGUGCGGGGAAUGGCCUUCCGCGGGCCAAAUUCAGCAGUACAGCCCUGAGGGCGUGUUUGUGGGUUGCAUUAUUGAGCGAUGCUGCACCGUGUAUGGCAUGACACUGUUGGAUGAUGAUAAAAAGCUGGCGGUGGCUGCAAAAACGGCUGUGAAGAUCUUCCGACGAGUAAAAAGAAGAUACAGUAUGCCAGAGUGAGGGUUAGUUCAACAUAGUUGAUCAUUCUGCAUGAAUGCAAUAGACCUGUAAUGUGAUGUCACGCUCUUUCCAAUGGCAGUGAGAUGUGGUGGGAUUUUGUAAGUCUCUAUGGAAACAACACACUUUGACAUUAUUACAUUUUAACUUUUAGGUUGCUUGGAGAUACCUAUGUGAUCCAUCCUGCCAAAAGGUGUUAUGUUGCAAAAAUGAUCAUGAGUUACACACGCGGCUUGAAAGCCCACAGUGUAGCCUUUCAUUUGGUACCGCUAUAUAUAACAGAGCUUAAUUGUUCAUUCCAGUCCAAAGCAGCGGCACGGGAGGGGGGCACAAAGGGGAUACCAGCAUUUUGGGGGGGGGUCACCAGGUUUCAGUGGUGUAAUUUCUUAAGGGCAAAUUUUUGUUACCCUUAUUCAAUAUCCAUUCAUCUGUUUUAUUUUCAGAGGGGGGC